ACAUUGAUAGAGAGAGCUUCUCUUUGCAGCGUGCUAAUAUUUUCCUCGAGAACCUUGUUUGUGAUAAUCGAGGUUAUAACCGGCACAAAUUGUGCUAAAUAAUUGGUUUACAUUUUAACUUAAAAAAUUACAGACAUCCAUCAUGGCUGCGACGAUGCCAAUAAAUCCCAAACCAUUCUUAAAUGGAUUGACCGGCAAACCAGUGAUGGUAAAAUUAAAAUGGGGCCACGAAUACAAAGGUUACCUGGUUUCUGUGGAUGGCUACAUGAAUUUGCAACUUGCAAACACUGAAGAACAUAUCGAUGGCAACUGUACUGGAAACCUUGGAGAAGUUUUAAUCAGAUGUAACAAUGUCAUGUAUAUAAGAGGGGUGGAGGAAUCUGAUGAAGAAGGUGAAAUGAAAGACUAAAUAAAAUAAAUUAAUUAUAAAUUUAACGUA